AUGAGAUACCAGGUUUUAUUGACUGCUUUGCUUUGCAGUCAGGCAUCAGCGGCUCCAUCCGCUAAACCAGACAGUCAUCCUUCUGCGGCCUCCCUCGGUUCUCUCCGUGUCUUGCAUCAUAACAACCUCGGCCCUCAGAAUAAUGGAACUUCAGCUAUUCUCAUCCAUGAUAAAUUGAAUUUUGCAGAUGCUACAUCUAAGUGCGCCGCCAUCGGCGAAAAGGUUCACCACUGGAUUUCCGGAAAAUGCGACAGCCAAACGGAGCUACAGUACCAAUUGGACUAUCUAGUAUUCGCAAAGGAGCUUCGAGAUGAUGAUUUUGUUUGGAUUGCCACCAAUGAGCUGGGCGCAUAUUGCUCUGCGUUCUCCCUUUCCCAUAGAAAGGUGGUCCAUAAGUCCUGCAAAGAAAAGCUACCAACUCUCUGCAACUCAUCGCCGCCCCCCACCAGCGAUCUCGAUCCAACGGCCAGGAACUCAACAAAGCUUACUGUCAAAUCAAAGGAUUAUACCCUGACCGGUUAUCGUGAUGCGCGCUCUUUCCGCUUCCUCGGCGUACCAUUCGCCAAUCCCCCAAUCAAUAAUUUGCGCUUUGCCCCACCCCAAGCGUACACAGGGCACAAGAAACUUGAUGCAACUGCCAUGAAAGACUCAUGUAUCCAGGCGGUCUCGAGUUUCGGGACCUUGGGUACGGGCGGUAUCUCCGAAGACUGUCUAUACCUGAACGUGUAUACACCAUUCAUACCCGCAGAGGUCACGAAUAAAACCUCGCUUCGUCCCGUAGCAGUCUACCUCUACGGAGGCGCUUUCACGAGUGGCAGCGCAGGGAUGAUCGACUACGACGGUGGCAAUUUUGCCAGUCGCAGUGACGUCGUUGUUGUCACGCUCAACUACCGUGUCGGAGCUUUGGGAUAUCUUUCUACCGGAAAACUGACGACCGGAAGCUAUGGCAUUUAUGAUCAAAUCAUGGCGCUGAAGUGGGUGCAAAAACACAUCGCUGCUUUCGGUGGCAAUUCUUCACACGUCACGGUCUUUGGUCAAUCGGCCGGUGGCCAGAGUACCGUAGCCCUUCUGUCCUCAACCGCCGCAAAGGGUCUCUUCUCCGGAGCCUUGGUCCAAUCGGCACCCCUCGACCUCCCCUGGUUCCCACGGUCGCUAUACUCUGGCUAUAUUGCCCCGGCAGUGGGAAAAGCAGUCGGAUGCAAUAACACCAGUUCCGAAAAGGACUUCCUGAAAUGUCUCCGAUCCGCCCCAGCAUCAAAGUACCUCGGCAACUCGACCAACUUCCAAACCGCAACGAAAGCAAUCGUGUCAAGCAUCUCAACCCACUAUUUCAACAACACAGAGCUGCUCUCCGCAACAGAACCCUUCAUGCCAAUGGUCGACGACUCAAACUCAGGGGUAAUAGACGACCAAUUCCAUACUCUCCUGGAAAAAGAUGCCCUCCCCGUCCACGUACCAACAAUGUUCACCACCGUGCGCGACGAAUCAAGUCUCUUCACAGGAUCCGAAGUCCCAAAUCUCGGCUCAACACAGCUGGCCCUCGACUCCCUACUAAAAGCUACAUUCGGAAGCGCCCUCGGUCCAAAAAUGAUCUCUUCUUCGGCUUUCAAAGUGAAUACCUCCGAUCCCGAUGGUGUACGAAACGCAGUCUCUGAUGCUCUGACACAUAGCGAGUGGACCUGCGCGCAAGGGUAUCUUCUUAAUAUCUCCUCUACUGCCUUUCCAUCGCUGUACGAAAUCGAGAUUGUGGAUGGUCAUAUCCAGACGAAUGUUAGCGUUCCUGCUAUCUGUUCGCCGAAUAAUGACUACAAUGCUUCGUGUCAUGCGUCAGAUGUGCUACUCGCGUGGGGAACCUUGAAUUCCAAGUCGAAGAAUGUGGCUCCGUAUUAUGAUGAUAAGGAUAUAUUGCAUUCGCAGCUUAUUCACGAUGUUUGGGGCGCAUUUUUCCGGACUAGAAAUCCUAAUCCGGAUCCGGGGUUCUUGAAGGUUCGUGGGCCGGCUUAUGCGAGUACGCUUGGGAUCUUUGCUGAGGGGAAGAUUGGACAGCGAGAGAAUGGGAAACAGAGGGGGGCUGGGUAUGCUAUUGAGCAAUAUCGGGCUUUGGAGCGGAAUAUCACGCUUUUGGGAAUGCCGCCGUCCACGACCGAUAAUUUUGAAAAUGAAGAUAAGUGUGCUAUCUUUAGGGACUACGGGUUCACCUUCCAGAGGGCGCAGUUUACUGGCUAA